UUCAUUGUUCCAAUACCAGACCGAACUGAGCUCCGUCCAAAAUCUGACUUUGAAAGACCAAGCAAGUUUUUUUUUUUUUGUUUUUUUUUAAGCGAUUUGUUUAAAGACUGGGUUACAUACAAUUAAGUAAUCUAAUUAAAUGCUUCUUAGUGGCAUUCUCCUGCCUUGAUUAAACAGUCUAUCCUUUGUAAUGAGCCACCCUCCAGUUUAGGGGAUACAUUUCAAAAUCAUUUAAGUUCUGAACUUAAGUUCUUUGGCAGGAUUCAUUACACACUAGUUAGAAUCUCUUGAGGAUUGCAAAAAAAGUUUUCUCAACAAAGUAGGUCAUCUUAUAGCAAACAUGUCAGAGCAAUUCACAUAAAUAAAACUAAGAACUGUGGGUGCUGGAAAUCCAAAACAAAACCAAAAAUUGCUGGAAAACUCAGCAGGCCUGGCAGCAUCUGCAGAGAGGAAGCAGAGUUAACAUUUUGAGUCCAGAGCAAUUCACAUGCCUUGUUCAGGGCUUGUCACAAAGUGGGCAAAUAUGGCAGCCAUUUGCACACAGCAACACCCCAUAAUCAAUGCUGAAAAUUAUGUUUCGUUCACUUAUUUCUGGUAGUGUUGGUUGCAGGAGAAAUAGUGGCCAGGGCACUGGGAGAUCUCCUUUUUCAUCUUUGAAUUUUGCUGUGCGAUUGUUAAUCUCUCAAAACACCAGAACAAGAACACAGGCAUUAUUACCAACUUUACAUCCAAAGUACUGCAUCACGGUAUUGACCUAGAUAAAGUGUUUAAGUCUUGCAUGUGAAUAGGUUAACCAAAAUUGAAUUGCGUCAUUUGAUACAUGAGAUGUUUACACAUGAUGGAAGACCUAUGCAUUUUGAGAAGCAUUGAGGAUAUUGGACACUGAAAAGAUGUUGAUCAUUGUUUGUAGGAAGCUGGAAGAUUUAGAUGCUCAGAACCGGGAGCUGACUCAGGUGGUCACGAAACGAGAAGAGACCAUUCAACAUAACCAGCAGCGAUUAGAGGAAAAAUCCCGUGAGUGCACCAGCCUGGCUAGACAGCUGGAGGCUGCCAUUGAAGAUGCCAGACGGCAGGUGGACCAAACCAGGGAGAGAGCUCUGUCAAAAGAACGAACCACACAGAGCAAAAUAAUGGACCUUGAAACACAGCUGAGCAGAACAAAAACGGAACUGACUCAGCUACGCAGGAGCAAAGAUGAUCCUUUUGGGUAUUGGCACACCAUUGCUAUUGCCAGUAAUUUUGAUGGCUUGAACAGUAUGAUAACUUCCAUGGACAAUAGGAGCACCGCCUAUCUCUAUAUCGAUCGCAAUGAUGGAAUAUGUACAAAAGUGGAGAUAAAGUACUCCAAUUACUCUGUCAAUGCUUCUAAAGGUAACUCGGGGUACAAAAUCUUAGCUUCCAAUACUGAAUACUUUAUACUUGAUCAUUACAACCGUGGAAAAUCUACAACUGAAACCACCUUCUUAUUUGGGAGGAAUUUAACAGUGAACUCUGCCAUUAUGGAAUACUUCAACAGACUGGUGGAUUGUGCAGCAAUACCAGAUCUCUCAAUCUACACACUACCUCAAGAAAAUGGAAAUUGCAAGCACAACUUGGCAAAGAGGGAACAAAAGGGAGACUGAUCUGAGCAGAACAGUGCUGGAGGACAUCAUGCCUGCCCAGUCCUUUCAGAAUUAUUCUGUGCCUAACAUUCCUGCUUUAAAAUACAAGAAUACUGCUAUUUAGUUUAUUUGGACAGAAAUGUGAUUUCGUUAGUUCUUUUGCAUUUAUAAGAUCUAGCUUUAUAAAUUUGCUGAUAAUUGACCAGCAGAAAACUUGUGGAUGUCAAGAAUCUAUAACAGCAAAUGAUACAAAUAUGUUAGCACACUGAAAAAUAUUGUAUUUCUAUACAGCAACACUUAAGUAUACCAAUAUUUAGAUUGCUAAUAGGUCAUUGUUAAUCAU